AUACCGUGAUGGAGGAAGGCCAGAUAUGAACCAAGCUGGGCCAAAUGGAGGACAAAAUAACAACAAUGCCGCCGCCAACAACAACCGCAACCCUCGAGGAGGAGGGGAGAAUAAUCAUGGCAAUGGCAAUGGCGGGAACAAUGGCAACGGCGGAAACAACGGCAACCGUCCGAACCAAGGGCGAAUCAUGGUGAUGAAUCAGGCCCAAGCCAAUGCUAAUGAUGUGGUUUCAGGUACAUUCCUUGUAAAUUCUGAGCCUGCUUAUGUUCUAUUUGAUUCUGGUGCUUCUCACAGUUUCAUAUCUUCUAGUUUCGUUAAGAAAUUGAAGAUUGAACCAACGGCUAGAAUAGACUUGAAUGUAAGAACCGCCUCAGAUAAAUUUGUAACUUGUGGAAAUGUAUACUCCAACAUUCCCAUACUCAUAUCUGAAUCCAACCUACCUGGAGAUUUAAUCCAAUUUGACUUAAAAGAUAUUGACAUAGUACUGGGCAUGGAUUGGUUGGGGAAAUACAAAGCCAGGAUCCUCUGUGAUGAACAGAAGGUGAUCUUGAAGGGUCCAAAUGGGAAGCGAAUAUCUUACAAAGCAAUCACAUCCAAGCCUAGUAUGAGGCUGAUGACUAUGCAACAAUUAAGGCGACAUAUCCGAAAGGGGUAUGAAACAUACCUGUGCUUUAUGAAAGAGGUGAAUACAGGGGAGCCAAACAUUGACCAAAUUGCCGUAGUCAAUGAAUUUCCGGAUGUAUUUCCGGAAGAGAUUCCAGGGAUGCCACCCGAGAGAGAAGUUGAAUUCUCAAUUGAGUUGAUGCCCGGAACCGCGCCAAUUUCAAAAGCACCUUACCGGAUGGCACCGAAAGAAAUGCAGGAGCUGAAGGAACAACUAGAGGAGUUGUUAGAGAAGGGGUACAUAAGACCGAGUGUCUCACCUUGGGGUGCUCCGGUCUUAUUUGUCAAAAAGAAAGAUGGGAGUCUAAGGCUAUGCAUCGAUUACCGAGAGUUGAAUCAAGCAACUAUCAAGAACAAGUACCCAUUGCCCCGAAUUGACGACUUGUUUGAUCAAUUGAAGGGGGCUAGCACAUUCUCUAAGAUAGACUUGCGCUCUGGAUAUCAUCAAGUGAGAAUAUCCGAAAAAGAUGUACCAAAAACAGCAUUCCGCACGAGGUAUGGACACUACGAGUUCACUGUGAUGCCG